AUGGAUAAUGAACAGCGGCCAAAUUCUGCUCUGAAGUGCUUCCUGGGUUUCCUUCUUGCCAUUGGCAUCUUGGUGACACUAUGUGAUGCAUACUGUUUUUUUGAACCAGAUAGCCCACAGAAAUCUACCCAAGGUUGUAUUCAAGAUGGAAAACUAUAUCUAUAUGGUGCCACUUGGAUUAAGGACUGCCACAGUUGCACCUGCGGAAAGGAGGGAAUAGGCUGCUGCUCCACCUUUUCUCGUCCUGCUGGCUUUGACGAAAAGAAAUGUAAACUCAUCUUCCAUAAGGAGUCCUGCAGCUACUCGGUGGUGCAGAAGGCCAACCCCUCUAAAACUUGUCCGUUCACGGCCAUGGUGGGUUAAGGAAUAACCUCCUUGGAAGAACCUCCCUUCCAGGUUUAAGUCACUCAUGGAGGAAUUCCUUUCUUGGAUCCUAGUAAUUGUAGAUGCUGUUUUAAGAUUUGCCACCAGCAUGCUGUACUUUCCCUAUCAACUGUGUAACCUUCUUUAUUCUUGCAUUUUGGAGAUCAGUGUUGUUUCUAUAUAAUUC